UCUCCUCUCCAGAGUCAUCUCCUCUCCAGAAUCAUCUCCUCCAGAAUCCUCUCCUCUCCAGAAUCAUCUCCUCUCUACAGUGCCUGGUCUACUAACGUGAUCCAUCACAAUUACCACCCAUCAGGUCCAUGCAGAGUGCCAUCACACUGCUGAGGAGACAGUACAACCAACUGUCUGAACCAAAGCUGAAACAUUUCAGCUAUCUGUCUGAACCAAAGCUCUGACAGUCCUGCUCUGCCUCUGUUCUGAUCUAUUCUGAAACACCCUGUUCUGAUCUGUUCUGAUCUGGACGUUAAUCUGAAACACCCUGUUCUGUUUUGGAUGUUACUCUGAAACACCCUGUUCUGAUCUGGACGUUACUCUGAAACACCCUGUUCUGUUCUGAUCUAUUGUGGACGUUACUCUGAAACACCCUGUUCUGUUCUAUUGUGGACGUUACUCUGAAACACCCUGUUCUGAUCUGAUCUGGACGUUACUCUGAAACACCCUGUUCUGAUCUGAUCUGGACGUUACUCUGAAACACCCUGUUCUGAUCUGAUCUGGACGUUACUCUGAAACACCCUGUUCUGUUCUGAUCUAUUGUGGAUGUUACUCUGAAACACCCUGUUCUGGACAUUACUCUGAAACACCCUGUUCUGUUCUGGACAUUACUCUGAAACACCCUGUUAUGAUCUGGACGUUACUCUGAAACACCCUGUUCUGUUCUGAUCUAUUGUGGAUGUUACUCUGAAACACCCUGUUCUGUUCUGGACAUUACUCUGAAACACCCUGUUCUGUUCUGGACAUUACUCUGAAACACCCUGUUCUGAUCUGGACGUUACUCUGAAACACCCUGUUCUGAUCUACUGUGGACAUUGCUCUGACACUGUCUGUGGUCUCCAUAAUGAAUGAUGUCUCUGCUCUCCCCUCCAACCACACAGACUGUCAGGUGGUGAAGGUCCCCCACCUGGUGUUCUUAGUGUUGGGUAUGGUGUCUCUCAGUGAGAACCUGUUGGUGGUGGUGGCCGUGGUGCGCAACAAGAACCUCCACUCCCCGAUGUACAUGUUUAUCUGUAGCCUGGCCACGUUCAACACCAUCUCCUCCCUCUCCAAGACCUGGGAAACUCUGAUGAUGGAGUUCAGCGAUGUCGGACAACUGGACUCCCGAGGGGACUCCGUCCGGAGGGUCGAUGACAUCAUAGACGCACUGCUCUGCAUGUCUUUUAUCGGCUGCAUCUGUAGCUUCCUGGCCAUCGCUGUGGACCGCUACGUCACCAUCUUCCACGCACUGCGCUACCACAACAUCAUGACCACGAGGCGAGCCGCCGCCGCCCUGGCGGGGAUCUGGGCGCUAUGCGGCGUCGCCGGGGCGGUCAUGGUGGCGUUCUGUGACGCCACGGUCAUCAAGAUCUUUUUCAUCGUGCUCUUCCUCAUCUCGCUGCUCCUCAUCCUCUUCCUCUACGUCCACAUGUUCCUGCUGGCUCGGUCCCACGCCAGGAAGAUUGCAGCGCUGCCCGGGAGUGCCAUGCCGCACCGCAGCCUCCGGGGGGCGCUCACACUCACCAUGCUAUUUGGGGUGUUUGUGGUGUGCUGGGCGCCUUUCUUCCUCCAUCUCCUCCUCCUCAUGGUGUGUGUAGAGAACCCUUACUGUGAGUGCUACCGCUCUCUGUUCCAGCUGAAUUUGGUUCUGCUGAUGAGUCACGCCGUGGUCGACCCGGCCAUCUACGCCUUCCGCAGCGCAGAGCUACGAAACACCUUCAGGAAGAUGCUGCUCUGCUCCGACUCACCACUCUGCUACAAGGUCAAAGCUCUGUUCCACUGAAGGGCUUUGUCUGCACCCUAUUCCCUAGAUAAUGCACAACUUCCCACCAGAGUUUUUGACCCCGUGGGCCUUGGUUAGAGGUAGGGCACUAUAAUGGGGAAUAGGGCCUUGGUUAGAGGUAGGGCACUAUAUGGGGAAUAGGGCCUUGGUUACAGGUAGGGCACUAUAGGGCACUAUAUGGGGAAUAGGGCCUUGGUUAAAGCUAGGGCACUAUAUGGGAGGUAGGGCACUAUAUGGGGAGUAGGGCCUUGGCUAAACGUAGGGCACUAUAUGGGGAGUAGGGCCUUGGUUAAAGGUAGGGCACUAUAUGGGGAGUAGGGCACUAUAUGGGGAAUAGGGCCUUGGUUAGAGGUAUAUACACAUAUAUAUAUAUGUGUAACUAUAUACAGAAUAGAUAACUACUG